GCGUUGGAUUUCUGGGUUUGAUGGUUGCGCUGCUGCCAGCUGCCAGCUGCUGCUCCUCGUGCUUCUGCUUCUGCUUCUGCUUCUGCUUCAUGCUCUCCAGACUUUUUUUCCCCGUAGUCUGUACCUGCCUUUGUGCUUUGGUGGAUUUCGUUCGUUUGUUUGUGUGUUUGUUACUCGAACUCGAACUCGGCAUCGGCAUCGGCGGUAGGUAUUUAGGCAGACAGACAGGCAGCCAGCAGCAUACUCUAGCCAAUCUCUGUGUGCGUGCUUGCUUGCUCGCUUUCUUGCUUGCUUACCGGUAAAAAUCACAAUACUCCGGGUCCUCUGCUGCUACAGGAAGGACUCGUGGAGAGAGGCGAAGUAGAAGCCGGAGCAGAAGCCGGAGGGAUGGGAGCAGACAGACGGGCAGGGCGAAGCAGCCGCUAGAGCGAAGGGACACGGGGAAAGAGGUGAUGGUAACCGGAGCGAGAAAAGUCACCAUAGAAUCCGCCUGAAGCUUCGGGUAUAUCCAGUGUCCCAUCGAAAGUCAAAAAUCACCUCCAGUCAGCCCGCUCGCCCCCAAUUCCGCCGCCCCACCUCCCCCGCCACUCCGCCGGC